AUGUACCAGAAAGUGGAAACAUUUCUUAUUGGAAAGUGCCUGUGCGACCUAGAGAUGUUUGAGAAAAGGCUUCUUGUCACUACACUGGUGGAAUUCAUCCUGAUUGGGUUUUCUGAUCUUCCCAAACUUCAAGGAUUUCUGUUUGGUGUAUUCUUGAUAAUCUAUAUUGUUAUUCUUAUGGGAAAUAGCCUCAUUAUCAUGAUAACUAAGGUUGAUCCUUCACUGCAGACUCCCAUGUAUUUUUUUCUUCGGAAUUUUUCUUUUUUGGAAAUAUGUUAUGUGUCUGUCACAGUACCCAGAUUGUUAGCAGAUCUUUGUAGGCAAAAUAAAAGUAUUUCUUUUCUGGCCUGUGCUUUUCAAAUGGAUAUUUUUGUGACCUUGGGAGCCACUGAGUGCUUCAUUCUCACUGCAAUGGCUUAUGACAGGUAUGUUGCCAUUUGUAAUCCAUUAACGUACCCUGUCAUCAUGAACAAUAGACUGUGUAUCCAAUUGGCAGCUGCAUGUUGGAUCACUGGAAUUCUUGUACCUAUAGGGCUUAUCUACAAAAUUUUUUCUUCACCCUUCUGUAAAUCUAAUGAGUUGAAUCACUUUUUCUGUGAUGUACCCCCUGUUGUUCAACUUGCUUGUGGGGACACAUUGAUGAUUGAGAUAUUAAUCUAUGUGAUUGCUACUUUAGUUAUCAAUAUUCCUUUUGUGUUGGUACUUGGAUCUUAUGUGAAUAUAAUCUCCACCAUCCUGAAGCUGCCGUCAGCAACUGGGAGAGCCAAGGCCUUCUCGACGUGCUCUUCCCAUCUCAUGGUUGUGACUUUAUUCUUUGGAUCCGGUGUCAUUGUGUAUAUGGAACCUACAUCCACUCACUCAUCAGGAAUGGAUAAAUACCUUUCCCUUUUUUAUACCAUCUUGAUACCAUUGUUUAACCCCAUUAUAUAUUGUCUGAGAAACAAGGAUGUUAUGGUGGCUUUGGGAAAAUUCCUACAGAAAGUGAAUGUGCCUUGA